AUGAGUAAAGAUACGCAGAACAUGGCUUUAGAUAUGAGUGGUUCCGAUAUCACAAUGGAAGUGGUUUUGAAAAACAUAUACACUUCAUGUGACCCAAAUAACAUGAACAGUGUCCCUACCUCAGAACUCAUUGAGUUUAUCAGACCCUACAUGCUGGAAGAUCUUUCAGCUUUAGAUAAUUUAAAACGCAUGUUAGAUCCUGAUAAUACAAAUAUCUCUGUACCUGGCGAAAAGUUUUAUAAUGUUAUGAAUGAAUGGACACAGAAAAUUGCUAGUCAUACUGACAAGGAUGAUGGACUAUUUAAUGAGACACCUAGUCAUAUAAGUAUACUGGAUGAAAAACUACUUCCAUACUCACAGUCAACCCCUCGUGCUAGUUUUGGACAGAAGCUUCUCAGUUGUGAAGGUCUUCUGAAUUUAUCAAAUGUAUCCAGUUACAAUCUGUCACCCACAAAGCAAGCCAAAGAAAUUAGUAUAGGAGGUCCGGAGAAAACUAUUUUAGAAGAGGAAGUAAAACAGCUGCAACACCAGUUAAAUAAAGUAUUAAAAGAAAACGAAGAUUUAAAGAUGGCAGUUAGCUUGUACAGAAGACCAAAAUGAUGUACUACAAGAUAAUCUCGAGAAAUAUAAAACUCAAAUUACAGAGCGAACAACAAAUAAAUCAUUUUCAAGAAAAUAAAAAUUGUGUCGAUGACCUUAAAGAAGAAAUCAAUGUUGAAAAGAAAAGAAUUGAAGAAUUAAAUAAAAAGUUGCUCUUCUAUGAGAAAGAUAACAAUCAUUUGAAUGUAUAUGUCCAGAGAUUAGAAAAAGAGAAUUCCGAGUUGGAAGAACGUUGUACAAAUUACGCCAAAAACGAACAAAACAUGAGAAAAGAUCACCUCGAUCUUAGAGCUCACCUUGACUUGAAAGAACACGAAAUUACCUCACUAACCAAAGAAACGAUGAAUUAAGAUCGCAGUUGAAUGAUAAAAUGUCUGAAGUUGAGAAGUUGGUGAAAGAACAUGAGUUACUGGAUUCCAAACAGCAGGGCCUGGAAAAAAUGCUCUCCAAACGCUAUUCCCUUUCUUCAGACUACAACACAUGUCUGGAUGAAAUGAGCUUCCUAAUGCGAGGUAGUACAAUCCCUAUAUACUCGUCUCCUUUAAAAAAUAAAUCCUUCUCAAAUAGUCCUUCCCUUCGAAAAACAGUCCUAUCCCCCAAUCCGAACAUGUUGCAACAAGUGCUUGGAAGCACGCCGAAACAAUGCAACGGUUUGGGCAUGAGGAAGGCUUUUUCUCUUAAUACCAUGUCCACUCGGUCUUUACCUAAUAUCUUUUGUUUUGAACGUUCAACUGUAGUUCAAGAUCAAGUGAGCGACAUCGAACAGGAUUCACAAUCAACGUCUAUUGGUGCUGUUACUUACGAAUCUUUGCAGACUGAAUUGUUUCAGGUGGAUCCCCAGUUCGACCAUAGGGACAAAAAUGGAAAAGACUUUGAGUACUUUGAGGAACAAAUUUAUUUCCUUAAGGCGGAAAAUGAAGCAUUACAGAAAAGCCUGGAAAGGCUUGAAGAAGAAAAGAAAGUAAACGAUUAUCAGAAGCUAAAAUCGGAUAGAGCAUUAACAGAUAAAAUAAAACAUUUGGAAGAUAACCUACAAGAAGUGAACAAAAAUUAUUCCAAGCUUAAACUAGAGUGCGAUGAAAAAGAAAAACAAUUGUCAGAACUUAGAAAUAAGUUUGAUUUUGAGCUGGUGUACAAAAAAUUAGAAAUUGAAUAUAGCAAAAAAGUUGAAGAGGUAGACAAACUUCAAGAGGCACUCGAGAAUGCUCAAACCAAUCUAAAGAAUGCCAGGAAUUCCAAGCUUGAAGAGCUUGAAAAAACUGUAGCAAAGUAUAAAAUCGAACUUUUACAUGCCAAAGACAAACUCAAACAGAGCGAAUUAGCAAAAGAACAGGCUUACGAUGACAGUAUUAAAUUGAAGUUGCAAGAGUCGCGAAAUACAAUAGACGCGCUUAAGUUGGAUUUGGAUCAUAAAAUCAAACAAAUCAAUCAGCUAAAAGAUGUUAUCAAAAGUGAAGAGGAGACAAAAAAUAAACUCUUGCAAGAUAAUACAGAGCUCGGAAACAGUCUAGAGCUCGUACGACAAGAUUAUAAAAGUUUAUUUUUAGAGAUGAGUAAUAAAGAAAAAGAGUUACACGCAGAAUGUGGGAAAAUGCUUAGAAAAUACACCGAAGAAAUGUCCAAAAAUACUGAAUUAUCUAGUCAGCUAGCAAUACAAAAAGAAGAAAGUUCUAAUCUUAGAAUAUUAAAUAAUAAAAUAAAUUCAAAAUACGAAACUGUAUUUAACAAAAAUUUGAAAAUAAUAAAUCAACUUUCCCCUCUUAAAGAUAAAAUUGGUAGGAUUCAGAAGAUUCAAACGUCUUAUAAAAGUGAUAUUAAAAUGCAACUAGAUGAAUACGAAAAAUCUCUACAAUUUUUACGUUCAAAGGUAAAAGAUCUGGAAUGCGAAAAUAUCAUGCUCAAAGAAUUGCAUUCAAAGUUAUCCCAAGUUGUCGAGUAUAAAGAUAGCACAGAAUCAGACCAAGAAAAAGGUAAACAGUUAUUUGAUGUGGACACAUCAUCCGAAUCUAGUGUAUCAUUAAACAAUGAUAAAACUUACUCUUCUCUAAAACACCGUAGUUUCGAAAAGCAAAAACUAACCAUAGAAAGAUUACGUGAAGAGCUUCAUAUCGAGAAAGCAAAACAUGAUAUGCUUAAGGAGAGAAUGCACAUCCAAGUAGAAGCAUUAGAAAAGGAAAAACAUACCUUGCAAACUGUGAUAAAUGACCUUAAAGUAAAGCUGCAAGAUCAAGGUGAACACUAUAAACAUUUAUGUGAUGCUUCCAACAGAAAAAUUAAAGAUCUGUCGGUGAAUCUGUCGCGUUUAGAAGAGCAAUAUAAAAACGCAGUCUCGAAUCUUACUGAAAAAGAAUCCCUUAUCAAACGACAUUUCGAAGCACAAGAAAACAAUAAAGCUGUGAUACAAAAACUAGAACAUGACUUUAAAAAUUGCCAAAAUAUUCAAAACAGCCUGUCGCAGAUCUAGCUGCCAAGGAAGCCAGUAUUACCAAUAUCUCGGUCGAGAACCAAAAUCUCAAAAAGUUUGCCAGAAGUUCCGAAAACACAAGACUAGAGUUAGCCGCCAAACUGUCACAACAAGAAUCCACCUUGAAAACCUACAAGGCUGAUCUUGCCAAUAAAGACAAGGCAUUGGCAGAAUUAUCAUCGGUUCUGUUGGACAGAGAUACCAAGAUCGAAAGCCUGUCCUCGGCUGUCCAUGCAUACGAAAUUAAAAUGUCUAAUAUAUUAUUGGAAAUAGCGGAAAAAAAUGAGGCUAACUUAAAGUUAGAAGAGGAACUUCAAGUUGUUAGGGAUAAUUUAGCCAAGACCGAGAGCAUGCUGGAAACUACUCUAGUAAGUUCUGAACAAAAAUCCAAAACUGAAUUUGAGGAACUAAAUGGUAGUACCAAAAAUGAAAACACACUGGAGACUAUUUCUAGCUUUACUGACAUUAUUACAGAUUGUUGCCAAGAGUUACACAGGGCUUUCAAGAACCUUAUCCAACAAUGGAAGAACGAAAUCGAGUCACAUCCAAGUUUUAAAAUGUUGCCAUCUAUAAAGCUGUGCCAUUCUUUAGAUAUAGGAGACAUUUUAUCUGUUUUAGUCGACAAUAUUAAAGCAGUGGUUUUAUUAUUCAACAUCAUGACUUCUAAAGCACCAGAAAAGAUGAUCGACAAAUCGGACCCUCGCUUAAUAUGCCCAACGGCUCUGAAAUUCGCUAAAUUUAACGACUCAAAGGCUGUGAAGAAAUUUACAUUAAAAUCGCCGGAUGAAUUACGUCAGACUAGAUCGGCAAGUCCAGAUUCGCCGGGAAUUGAAACGGAUUCAGACAUUUAUAUGAAUAAUGAGGAGUGCGAACCAGACAACAUUAGUCCAGAUAGUCAAACUUUCAGAACAUGCUUCGAAGGUAUGGACCAUGGAGAAAAUGCAGAUUAUUGCUGUACAUAUUCUCAGUUGCCAUUACUUAGUUUUGAAAUGCCAUUUGAAGAUGCAUUUCCCCAUUUAUCGGAUAAUAUUUUAGGAAAGUUGGGAUUACACGAAACUAGUCCAAAGGUGAAACUUACAAAAGAAGAGACUGAAGAGAUUUUUACCGCAUUAGCCAUACAAGUUAGUUUAGAUUCGAAAGAUAUUAGAGAUCGAUUGCAAAAACAUAAGGACUUCUGUUCUAAGAAGUAUAAAAAGUACCAAUAUUUACUCAAAGACAUUUCCUUACGUUUAAGAGAACAUAACUGUAUCGGAGCUAUGGAUUCUAUUAGACCAGUAUUUAUAAUGUUGGAGGAUUUAAGAUUGAUGACUAAGGACUUAUUGCAAUCGGUUGGGCAACUAGGUGUGCUGAACUGUGAACACCGCAUGACGAAAUGUUGGAAUUUGGUUACCAAUUACAUGGCCAUAAUAAAACAAGAUGCAGAUACUUCUAGAGACCAUUACUCACCAAACAGGUCUCAAUUAUUAGACGAAAUGAGCAACUCAGAUACCUCUGGAGUCCAUGAAAAAUACAAGAGCAUAGACAAACGCACCAAGAAAUUCCUUUUAGGCAGAGAAGCUGCAUGUCCAAACUAGCACACUGCAUAUCAUGGAUAUCGUUUUUCGCGCUACUUUUUCUUAUUGGAGUUGUGUACGUUCACUGCCGAUGUAAACUGACCACGAAGGACAAGAUCUGUCCGUUGGAUAAUUUCAUAGGAAUGGUUACCGAGAUAAUUGGCCAACCACCGUUUUGA